AUGGACAAACUGGAAAAAACCGAUAAAAUGAUGUUUGAUAAAGUAGUAUUCGAGUUGGAGCAGGAGAACAAAAAACUCGUCAAUAGAACUGCGUUAGAAAAGUGGAUUUCUGACGGGUGUCCCUUCGAAGAAGACGAAGACGUUUUAGACUUUAUUAAAUCCAAGGCUCGUGAACGUGAAGCUCGUGAAAAUGGCGCUGGCGUUACUCACUCAGGAUCAACAG